UUCGGCGUCCCUUACACCCGGCGGCUGGGCGGCGGAGCGGAGCACACGAUGGGCCAUCGCCAGCGACCCGAGAAGCGGCGCCGCCUAUCGAGGCCCCGGCCCUUUCUUGGCUUCUCCUCUUUCGCCCGCUCUCUCCUCUUCUCCCACUCCGCCCCCUCUCCCGACCCCUCGGCCUCUUCCAAACCCGAAGAUGGAAUCGUCGAGCUGAAACCGCCCAGCGAGAUAGAACGGGUUGAGUCCGAGCAAGAGGACGACGAGGAAGCAGAACUUGAUAUGAUGCAAGCCGAUUUCGGUUUCUUCGACCCUAAGCCCGGGGAUUUCAAUGGAGCGAAGCUCCUUCUCCGGAAUUACCUCGACGAUAAACAGUGGGAUCUCAGUGGCUUUGUAGAUUUGAUCUUGGAGCAGACGACGGUCGGAACUGUCGUUAAAUUGGACGAACAUGACGAAGCGAGAGACGGGAACGGGGAUGGUGAUGACGACGCUGGCCCUUUUGCUCUAAUCAGUGCUCUUAAUUUGGGGAGAUAUGAGGGCCAUAAAUGCAUGAAAGAGUUCAAAGAGUAUCUACUGCAGGUAUGCCCUGAUGAGGGCUUAAGGAAGAGGCUGAAACCAUUUUUGGAAGAAAAAGUGAGUGACGUGGGACUUUUGGUUUCUCAGCGCUUCGUAAACUGCCCCUACCAAUUAGUGCCUCCAUUAUAUGGUGCAUUAUUUGAUGAGGUCUCAUGGGCAACAGAGGACGAGCCCACAAAGGAGCUUCAGGAUUUCUUCCGCUUCAAGUAUUAUUUACUGGUUACCAGAAUCUUUGAGGAUAAAAAUGCCAAUCAACGGAAGGCAAAAGUUAACUGUGAUUCCAGUGACCCCAUAAUUUAUAUCAAACCGGAAGAUGAGAUUUUUCAAGAGUUGAGCUUACUCUCUUUUACUUUUCGUUUGCAUGCUGAGCAGUUGGCUCCACGAGAGCUGAAGAAUUACAGGGAGAAGGGGCUGGUCAUGGUUGUAAUAGCCGAUGAAGUUCCUAAGUUUCGGGAGAAAUUGAAGUCUUUAUUUACUGAAUCUUAAUGCUUGUGAGGUUUGACUAUAUGCUGAUUGCAAAUAUCAUCAACCAAGUGUUGGCAUGACACACUGUUCCAUUUGAUGCUAAACAUCAGCCGCAACUGCUUCAUUGGUUGAUACAUCAAGUUUUGUUCCAUUUUUUUGGUUCCAAGCAGAGGAGCCGCAUGUGCAUUACUUUUGGGUACCUUAGGAAGCUUAUUGUGUUUUUCUUGAUUAAGCUCAGAGUUGUGAAAGCAAACAUUCGAUCUGUGUGAUCACGUUGUAUUUGUGACAGGAAAACAUGAAGCUUUCAUGGAGACGGGAGCAACAUGAUGCAGCUGUCGCAACAAGGCAUAAUCAAGUGCUAAUUGUCAUGGUAA